UAUGGAAGGAGUGAGGUGUGUGUGCGCAGCAGAAGUCGAUCAGCUGAGAGUUCAGUUGUUUGUGCGAAUCUUCAGAGCUUCUGCAGUGAGACUCGGUCCGUCAAACUUUUUUUACACGAACUCCGUCUGUAGUGAGUCUGACGAUGCACAUCGCGGCGGAGCUGUGCGUGGUUUGCCUGAAGGUGCUCUGGUCGUUCGCGGCGGCGGCGGCUCGGUGGCUCGUGAAGCCGCAGGAGAAGCGCGUGCACGGCCGCGUGUGCGUGAUCACCGGCGCCGGAAGUGGCCUGGGCCGCCUGUUCGCGCUGCACUUUGCCCGCAGAGGAGCCGCGCUCGCGCUCUGGGACAUCAACCGCACCGCCAACGAGGAGACCGCCGAGCUCGUGCGGGAAAUCUACCGACAGAACAACACCGACAGCAGCGCGCGCACAGGUUCAGGUGACAGCGUGGAGGAGCUGCCCACGUUCCAGCCCCGAGUUCAUACGUACGUGUGUGAUGUGAGUAAGCGUGAGAGUGUGUACGCCACAGCCGAGCAGGUGAGGCGAGAGGUGGGAGACGUCACGUUCCUCGUCAACAACGCUGGCGUGGUUUCAGGACGUCACCUCCUCGAGUGUCCCGACGAACUAAUUGAGAGAACCAUGAUGGUCAACUGCCACGCCCACUUCUGGACCACGAAAGCUUUUCUCCCAAAGAUGCUGGAGUUGAACGAGGGACACAUCGUGACUGUCGCCAGCUCUCUGGGUCUCUUCACCACAGCCGGGGUCGAGGAUUACUGCGCAAGCAAAUUCGGCGCUAUCGGCUUCCACGAGUCCCUGAGCCACGAGUUAAAGGCAGCUAACAAGGACGGGAUCAAGAUGACACUGGUGUGUCCGUUCCUGGUGGAUACGGGGAUGUUUAAAGGCUGUGAAAUCAGGAAGGAGAUCGCACCGUUUUUCCCGCCGCUGAACCCCGAGCACUGCGUGGAGCGAGCCAUGAGAGCCAUUCUGACGGACCAGCCGAUGGUGUGCACGCCGCGCGCCAUGUACGUCGUCACCUUCAUGAAAACGAUUUUGCCCUUCGACGCCAUCGUGUGUAUGUAUCGCUUCCUCGGCGCUGAUAAAUGCAUGUACUCCUUCUUGGCUCAUCGGAAAGAAUCCACCAACAACAACGAGUAGAAAAUCAGCAUGUAGUCGCUCUGAAUGUUGUCUGAUGUCACUGGAUCAGCGUGCCUUCCAUCUCUAACACUAUUUGGACCAAAAAACAAAAGCACUGUUGCACGACUGAGUGCACGAUGGAUCUGUUUUAAGCUGCUGACACAUUUCCGUUUUAAUCCUGAUUUACUCAGAUACAGAUAAAAUGUGUCGUUGUUAUAGUCAAGACUGUUCAAGAUUUAACAAGCAGGUGUUAUUGCAUCAUAAAAUAUAAGAACCAAUCAGAUUUCAGUAUGCAAAUGAAGCAUCAGUUUCGCAGAGGAAAGGGGUGUUUUUGUUUUUUUAUCACAGAUGAAAACGUCAGUGUAAAGUCUUUGAUCAGCUUGAUUAUGAAAUGAUGCAGUAUGUUACUGUAAAAGUGUACAGUAUCUUUAUUUAUAAAUAAUUAUUUGUAAUUUCUGUCUUUUAAUUUCUGAGCGUUUUGAUGCCACACUGUGACCAAACGUUGAUGCGGCUUCUGGCUGAAGCUUUGUUACUUUCGACGUUGUUCUUUUCCUGACAACUUUAAAAUGUAUU